AUGCUUAAGUGUACUCUAAAUAUAUCAUUUCCUUUGCUGGAAUCAGGUCGGUUUUAUGCAUUUGAGAAAGCACACAGACUGGAUCCAACAUCAAGUGGACGUGGAGUUCGACAGUUUAAAACUGCCCUUCUUCAGCGCUUAGAAAAGGAAAAUGAAUCGACAGUUGCAGGACGUACAAAAAGUGAUGCUCGUGAAAUGCAAAGUUUUUACCAGCACUACUACCGAAAGUAUAUCCAGGCAUUGCAGAAUGCUUCUGAUAAAGCUGAUCGUGCCCGGCUUACAAAGGCAUAUCAGACUGCUGCGGUGCUAUUUGAGGUUUUGAAAGCUGUUAAUUUGACAGAAUCUGUUGAAGUGGCUGAUGAGAUUUUGGAAGCUCACACUAAGGUUGCGGAAAAGACAGAGAUAUAUGUGCCCUUUAAUAUACUUCCUCUUGACCCUGACAGUUCAAAUCAGGCAAUUAUGAGAUACCCUGAGAUUCAAGCUUCUGUUACUGCGCUUCGUAAUACCAGGGGUCUUCCAUGGCCAAAGGGUCACAAGAAGAAAGUAGAUGAAGACAUUCUAGACUGGCUUCAGGCUAUGUUUGGUUUUCAGAAAGAUAAUGUGGCAAAUCAAAGGGAACACCUAAUUUUAUUGCUUGCAAAUGUGCACAUUCGACAGUUCCCAAAGCCUGAUCAGCAACCUAAGUUGGAUGACUGCGCACUGACAGAAGUCAUGAAGAAACUCUUCAAAAACUACAAAAAAUGGUGCAAAUACCUUGGUCGCAAAAGUAGCCUUUGGUUGCCAACCAUUCAGCAGGAAGUGCAGCAACGGAAACUGUUGUAUAUGGGUCUAUAUCUUCUCAUAUGGGGCGAAGCUGCAAACUUGAGAUUUAUGCCGGAAUGCCUAUGCUAUAUUUAUCAUCAU